CGCCUCAAGAUGAAGAUCGUCUUAGCUGGAAUCGUGGUGGCAGCCUGCCUUUUUCUGGAAGCUAGCAAAGGAUCAGCAUCCUUACUUGACGAAAAUUGUGGAACUACAAAACGUCCUUGGAGAGUUCGGCGGGUAGUUGGAGGCGUUUCUGCUGAUAGAUUCGCGAAUCCUUGGAUGGUGAUGGUGUUCUCUAAAAACAGGUUCAUGUGCGGCGGCUCGCUUAUCACCUCUCGCUUCGUUCUGACAGCAGCAAAUUGCCUUUCUGAAUUUCGCUUAUUUCCGAUCAGUAAGGUGCGUCUUGGCGGAUUCGACAUGGAUAUCAGCGAAAACACUUAUGAGGUUAACAUCGAUCGGAAUAUUUCUCAUCCACAAUUCCAAUUAGAUGGAUCGUUUAAGUAUGACAUAGCUCUCCUUCGAAUGGCUCAAGAAGUUUCGUUUUCAGUUUACGUAAGGCCAAUCUGCCUGCUCGUCAAUCAAAAAGUGCAAAACACUAAUCCAAAUUAUAAGCUAACCGGAUGGGGUAAAACUAAAAGUGGUGAAAUGAGCAGGAUUCUACAGACAGCCAAUUUACAAAUAGCAGAUCAUUCCUUUUGCAACAAAAUAUUUGGCAUUGUAAUUGAUCAAUCGCAGAUCUGUGCCGGCAGUUUAACCAGCGAUGCAUGUGAAGGGGACGGGGGAUCCCCGUUGAGCGCAGAGCUAAAUUACGAGGGAACUAUAAGAGAAUUCCAAUUCGGUAUUGUCAGCUUCGGAUCCUUUUCCUGUAAUACCUAUGGUGUUUACACAAACGUUACGCAUUAUAUGGAUUGGAUUAUAGAUACAAUUCACGCUAAUUUAGUUUAAAAUAAUGGAUCCAGAUUAAAUAUUUGCGAUCCAACUAAAUCGGCUUAUCAUAAAAUAAAUCACAUUAAA